AUCUGACGUUGGAACCUAAUUUUCGGCGUUAUCUUUUUUCCCACCAUCAAAUAUUUACAUCGUUUGGACUUGAAACCCUUGUCUCGCUGCCUUAAAAACUUAUUCUCCAUAGAUCACUCAAACAUAGCUAAUCAUGGAAAUACAGGUGCGAUUUUAAACUGCAAAUGGAGUCAUAGCUGUAUCAGAGGAAUUGGUUGUUAUCAAGGAUAAAUAAAACUGAGGUUGGCCAUUUUCAAGUGUUACUGCUGAGCAAUGGGUGACUACGGGGAUGUGUUCAUGCGCAACAAAGAUGCCGCGGCGCAAGCGCGGACCAAGGCCCAAAACCGAGCCACAGUGUUGCAAUUAAAACUGAUAGGGCAAAGCCAUCCUACAGGUCUUACCAGCAAUCUAUUGAAGCUUUUUGAGCCACGGCCUCCUCUUGAAUUCAAGCCGCCUCCUGAGAAAAGAAAAUUGCCAUCAUACACUGGCAUGGGCCAGUUUGUUAAUAAUUUUGCAGAGCCAGGAGAUCCUGAGUAUGCCCCUCCUGUUCCAGAGGUUGAGACUCCGACUGAGAGACGGGCAAGGAUACACAGGCUUCGGGUGGAGAAAGGUGCUCAGAAGGCAGCAGAGGAUCUUGAGAAAUAUGAUCCUAGUAAAGAUCCAAAUAUGUCUGGUGAUCCAUACAAGACACUGUUUGUUGCAAGACUUAGCUACGAGACAACGGAGCACAAAAUCAAGCGGGAAUUUGAGGCUUAUGGACCAAUCAAGCGGGUUCGUUUGGUUAAUGACAAAAACACCAACAAGCCAAGAGGUUAUGCCUUUGUGGAGUACAUGCACACAAGGGAUAUGAAAGCUGCAUACAAGCAAGCAGAUGGCCGCAAGAUAGACAACAGGAGAGUGCUUGUGGAUGUUGAACGCGGGAGAACUGUGCCCAACUGGCGACCUAGGAGGCUGGGUGGUGGCUUGGGAUCUACUAGGGUUGGAGGUGAAGAAGUUAAUCAGAAAUAUUCUGGAAGAGAGCCUCAGCUACUUUCAGCUGGACCACCUCGGUCUGAGGAGCCCAAGAUUCGAGAAGAACGAUAUGAUGAUCGUGAAAGGGACGGUGACCGUGAGAGGAAGGACAGGGAGCGAGAUCGCGAGCGUUCACGUGAAAGAUCUCAUGAACGUUCUCGUGGCCGAGAUAGAGAUAGAGAUCGUGAUCGAGACCAUGAGGUUGAUCGUGAUCGCGAGGUAAGAGAACAUGAUAGGCAUUACAGAGAAAGGGACAGGGACAGAGAAAGGGACAGGGAUAGAGAAAGGGACCGUGACCGAGAUCGUGGCCGUGAUCGUGACCGCUAUCGUGGUCGUGACCGUGAAAGAGAGAGAGAGCAUGUGGAAAGGUCUCAUUCACGUGAUUAUGAGCGGGAGAUAUGAAUUGCUGUUAUGCUAUUCAAUUAUAGGUAUAAGGAUCAGCAGCAAUUUACUGGGCAGGGUCGAUGAGGCAAAGAGGGGGCUGGAUGGGGCAUGCUGAAUCUUAUAUGGGAAACUAGCUUCCCAAAGUUGCCCUCAAUUUUUACAACUGUUAUGCUCAAUCCAAAGUUGGGUGCUGUACCAGGCAAAGUUGUCUGCUAUAACUUUCUAGCAAUUUAGCAAAACCUAUUAUGCUAUGGAAUUAGUAUCCUUUGGUUGUUUGCCGCUUAUUUGUCAAGAUAAUUAUGCCUUUAUUUGUGCCUAGGCAGCUAUUUUUGGCCUAUUUUCCAUAAACACAUUUCAUAUAAUAUUUUAUUUUAGGGACAGUUUCCCAAAGAAUUUCCAAGGGCCAGAUUCUUUAACCUAAGAACCAUGCGGCAAGAAUUUCUAUAAGAUUGCACAAGGAGACCCAACCUAGAUUUUAUUUCUCAACAAUCUUGCACCUUAUUCUUGUGGCUUUCGUACACCCCCACAAUAAACAAAGAAUGUAUAGAUGGUGAAUGGAAUCUACCUCUCAUGACUUUGUCAUUUAAAGCUCAUCCCUGCAAGGCCAAAUAUAAAAACAUACUGUUUAUGAGCAGGCUUCUAUUUAGCCAAAUUAUUAUAGUGGGUGUUCUACAACUUGCCUUGUGAGAGGCCCACUAUGGUUCCCAAUAAGUAGCGGGGGAGCUACAUAAUAACUAAAUUGAAUUUUUUCUCCCAAACGAUCAA